AUGAAAUGUGCCGUCUACUGUCAGAGUCAUGUGCCCAAAACAGGUCCGGGAAAGUUAGACGGCUUGUCGGUCGGGAUUAAAGCGGCGCUGAAUGUACCCAAACAUAGCCAUCUCGUCAACGAUCAAAUCAGGGGCUCCGGGAAAGCGACCUUUAAUGCGGACGCUUUGGGCAUCAAAACAGCGUUAACUAACUCUAAACAACUCCAGGACAGCGACCACUCGAAGACAAACCGCGAGAGUAUGGCCGGACAUUUCGACGCGUCGGCACUCCAUAUACAGCACGCCGUCAAUCAGACCCGACUCCAGAAGAUCUACAAACACUCCGGAGUCGAGAGUCGUAUCAAUGAAUUCCUUAAAUACUAA